ACGCGGCUCGGGCCAGGCCUGCGCGGCGCCCGAGACUCGCCGCCCGGCUCCUGGAGCGCUUGCAUCCUCGGCCCGCGGCCUCCCGGGCGGCUCCUCUUAUCCUGGCAUCACCAUGGCGCUCAACAAUUUCCUCUUUGCUCAGUGCGUUUGCUACUUUCUGGCCUUCCUGUUCAGCUUCGUGGUGGUGGUGCCUUUGUCCGAGAACGGCCACGACUUUCGUGGCCGCUGCCUGCUUUUUACCGAGGGUAUGUGGCUGAGCGCCAACCUGACGAUGCAAGGGCGAGAGCGCUUCACGGUGCAGGAGUGGGGUCCGCCGGCUGCCUGCCGCUUCAGCCUGCUUGCCAGUCUCCUGUCGCUGCUGCUGGCCGCUGCGCACGCAUGGCGCACGCUCUUCUUCCUCUGCAAGGGACAUGAGGGCUCCUUCUUCCACGCUUUCCUGAACCUGCUGGUCAGUGUCUUUGUGGUUUUCCUGGUCUUCAUUGCCAGCACCAUUGUGAGUGUGGGCUUCACCAUGUGGUGUGACACCAUCACCGAGAAGGGCGCCGCACCCCACAGCUGCGAGAAGUUCCAGGAGAUGGACUUGGAGCUGAAUGUGGACAAUUCUGCCUUCUACCAUCAGUUUGCUAUCGCUCAGUUUGGACUGUGGGCCUCGUGGCUGGCGUGGCUGGCGAUCACCACCCUGGCUUUCCUGAAGGUUUAUCACAACUACCGCCAGGAAGACCUGUUGGACAGCCUGGUUCACGAGAAGGAGCUGCUGCUGGCCAGGCCAGCCUCCCGCACCUCCUUCCAGGGCGAGAAGAGUGCUGUCAUCUAGGCUGUGCAAGGGCAGGGCCCCCUUCCCCGAGGCUUGCACUGACGGGUGGCUGGGGGCCCCCUUAGACUGGCCUAUGCAGCUCUGCAUGUGUCUCUUGGCCUUGUUCCCAUGGAUAUCCCAACAGCGAUGGCGCAGAGGCCCAGAGACUUGGGGAAGGGGGUGCCUUCUGGCUUCCUGGCCAGGUCUUGGAUGGUGCGAUCCAUACUCCUCCUCUGUGUGACUGUUUGCCCACGUAUGUGCAUGUAUGUGAGCAUGUGUGUGUGGAUGGGAGUGUGACUGCAGAACGGAAUUGAUGAUGCCAGGUUAGCAGCCUCUUUGCUUCACCACAGGCCCUGGCGCACCCAAGUCCCUGCCCCUCCCAGGGGGCCUGCCUUCCUACCCUACAGUGUCUUCAGCCAUGGUCCCCAGAGGAUGCUGCCCCACCCCCUGAGAGCAGAAGGCAGCAGGUGGAGGAUCC